CAUAUAAACGUUGACUGAAAUUUUCUGUAUUGCACAUUAGUCUCGUAACAGCAGGUUUGUCUGGGUUCUGAAUAAUAGAUGAUGUUCUUGUGCUUUCCCAGGCACAGUGGAGUGAAACAAGGCUGUGUGCUUGCUCCCAUGUUUUUUAGAGUGAUGUUUUCAGCCAUGUUGUCAAAGGCCUUCAAUAAGGACAAACACAGCAUCAAGGUCAGCUACCACACUGAUGGUAAAUUCUUCAACUUUAAAAGACUUCAGGCCAAGACUAAAGUAGAAAGAAUAUUGGUGCAUGGGUUUUUGUUUGUUUGCAGAUGUUUGUGCACUCAAUGCAGCCUCGGAAGCUGAGAUUCAACAAAGUAUGUAUCAGUUCUCUGCUGCUUGUGCUAAAUUUGGCCUAACAGUCAACACCAAUAAAUUAGCCAGCAUCUCAUCAUCCGUAUGUGGAAUCAUCGAUUAUCACAAAUGGAGAAGUUUUGAAUUUUGUGAAUAAUCAUUUAUCUUGACAGUAUAUUUUCUAGGGAUGUACACACUUAUAAUGAAUGGUUGACACAUGCAUUGCCAGAGCUAGUUCAUUGUUUGGGAGACUCCAAAGAAAAGUGUGGAUGAGAUGCCAGAAUGAAGGUGUGCAGAGCUGUACGCCUGUGAAACCUGGACAAUAUAUUAGCACCAUGUCAGGAAAUGGAAUUGCUUCCAUUUGAAUUGUCUUAGGAAGAUUCUGAAGAUCAUCUGGCAAGACAAGACACCAGACACUGAGGUCUUUUCUCAAACUAAACCUCCAAGCAUUCGAGUUUUACUGAAGAGAGUGCAACUCUGUUGGGCUGGCCAUGUUCUUUGAAUGCCAAAGAUAUGCUUGCAAAAAAAAAAAAAAAAGAUUAUUUUAUAGAGAACUCACACAGAGCAAACACAUGAUAGUUAGAAAAAGUAAUUCAAGGACACUCUGAAGGUUUCUCUAAAGAACUUUGGAAUUGAUUGUGACAUGGGAGACAUUAGCACAGAACUGCCCAGCAUGGUGUGCCCUCAUCGGAAGAUGUUGGGCAUUAUAAGCAAAGCAGAAAUGUAAUAGCUCAAAAUAAAUGUGAGAUGAACAGAGUUAAGAGAAUCCAUCCCAAAUGUUCAUUUAGAUUAUUUAUGCCUGACUCUUCAUAGAGCAUUCCGGGAUCAUAGUGGUCUGAUCAGCCACAGUCGGACACACUAUAACUUGACUCUAACAUUGUGAUGUCAUUUUGUUCCUCUUUGAGAAUGAAGGAUUACAACCAACCAGCCUGGUUGGGGAAGACUUACAUAAGACAAUGAACAGCAUAACACUGUUGUAUUGUAAAGUACUAGGAACAAAUAUUCAAGCACCAACAUGUAAAGGAAUGGAGAGAUCCAAGAUAGACAAACGAGUGGAAUAAGAAUGAUGAUCGGCUGUUGCAGGCCGUGGAGAAUGGAGAUGUGGAGAAGGUGGCCUCCCUGCUGGGCAAGAAGGGUGCCUGUGCCACCAAGCAUGACAGCGAGGGCAAAUCCGCUUUCCACCUGGCUGCAUCAAGAGGACAGGUGGAGUGCCUCAGGGCCAUGGUUACACACGGAGCGGAUGUGACAGCGCAAGAUACUGCAGGACACAGUGCUUUACACCUGGCAGCCAAGAACAGUCACCCUGAGUGCAUUAAGAAGCUUCUUCAGUUUAAAUGUCCAGCAGAGAACACUGACAAUUCUGGAAAAACAGCUUUACACUAUGCAGCGGCACAUGGAUGCCUUCAAGCGGCUCAGAUUCUCUGUGAGCACAAAAGCCCUAUUAACCUCAAGGAUUUGGAUGGGAAUAUACCUCUGCUUCUUGCAGUACAAAAUGGCCAUACUGAGGUGUGCCGCUAUCUCUUGGAUCACGGAGCAGAUGUCAAUUCCAGAGACAAAAAUGGAAGAACUGCUCUUAUUCUGGCUUGUGAAACUGGCAACUCUAACAUGGUGGAAGCCUUAAUUAAAAAGGGUGCAGACUUAAACCUUGUGGAUUCUCUUGGACACAAUGCCUUACAUUAUUCCAAACUCUCAGAAAAUACAGGAAUUCAAAGCCUUCUAUUAUCAAAAAUCUCUCAGGACACUGAUGUAAAGACUCCGACAAAACCAAAGCAGCAUGAUCAAGUCUCUAAAAUAAGCUCAGAAAGAAGUGGAACUCCAAAAAAACGCAGAGCUCCACCACCACCUAUCAGUCCUUCCCAGCUGAGUGACCUGUCUACGCCACGUUCAAUAACUUCAACUCCAUUGUCAGGAAAAGAACCAGUUUUUUUCCCUGAGCAAUCUUUCAAGCAGGAAGAGGUUAGCUCUCUACGGGAUAACAAAGACCGACUGAGUGAUAGUACUGCAGGUGCUGAUAGUUUAUUGGAUGUGAGUUCUGAAGUGGACCAGCAAGAUCUUCUCACACUCUUGCAAGCAAAAGUCGCUUCUCUUACCUUGCAUAAUAAAGAAUUACAAGACAGGUUGAAGACCAGAACAUCCAAGGAGGUUGAGGCAGACUUAAGUACUGACUCUUACCAUUCUACCCAGACUGACUUGGUCCCAUUAGAAGAUAAAUCAAGUGAAACCUCUGCCUUUGUUUUAACCCAUACUUUAAGUAAAGCUACUAGCAGCAGUGACAUAAAAAUUCAACAGCUACAGGAAAUUUUACAGGAUAUGCAGAUGAAACUGGAUAGCUCGGAAGCGGAAAGGAGGGAGUUACAAGCCCAGCUCCAAUCUCGAGUUUCAGAAUCAAUUUGUCUAAACAGCUCUGAGAUUUCAGAAAAUGGCUCUGAUCUCAGCCAAAAGCUUAAGGAAACCCAGAGCAAGUAUGAAGAGGCUAUGAAAGAGGUCUUGAAUGUGCAGAAGCAAAUGAAAUUGGGCCUUGUUGCUCCAGAAAAUAAAGAUAACAGUUUCUCUAAUCUCCAAGAGCUGAGGUCCACAGAUGAAGCUAUUGAAAAACUCAAGCAAGAUCUACAGAAGGCAUUAGAAGAAAGUGAAAGAAAUAAAGAGAGAGUGAGAGAGUUAGAAGGGAAACUUGAAGAAAAGGAGAAAAGUCUGGCUGUUAAGCCAUCUAUGGAAGAGUAUGAAAAAAUAAGAAACUCAUAUUGCUCUGUGAUUGAGAAUAUGAACCAAGAGAAAGCCUUUUUAAUUGAGAAAUAUAAAGACGCUCAAGAAGAAAUAAAAAAAUUACAAGAGACGUUGAAAAGUCAGACACCACAAGAAUCCAGUGAUGAUGCUGGAGACAUGAAAGAAGCAAUGAACAGAAUGAUCGAUGAACUCAAUAAGCAGGUAACUGAGCUCUCCCAAUUAUACAAGGAAGCCCAGGCUGAGCUUGAGGACUACAGGAAGAGGAAGUCACUGGAGGAUGUCACUUCUGAAUAUAUCCAUAAAGAUGAGCAUGAGAAGCUUAUUCAGGUGACAAAUGUGUCCAGGGUGAAAGCUGAAGAUGAGCUAUCUGAAAUGAAAUCCCAGUAUUCAAAGGUAUUGAAUGAAGUAACACAGCUCAAGCAGCUAGUUGAUACUCAGAAGCAAAAUUCCGUGUCCAUCACAGAACAUUUGCAAGUGAUAACCACUCUCCGGAGCACUGCAAAAGAAAUGGAGGAGAAAAUAAACAGUCUCAAAGAGCAGCUUGCAGGCAAGGAAACUGAAGUGGUCAAUCUUGAGAAACAUCUUUUGGAAGAAAAAGCAGCAAUGAAUGAUGCUAUGGUACCUAGAGCCUCCUAUGAAAAGCUCCAGUCGUCUUUGGAAAGUGAAGUGAAUGCAUUGACAUCUAAAUUGAAAGAUUCAGUGAAGGAGCGAGAGAAGGCAUCCUUAGAGUUGGCACAGGUGAGAAAUGAAGUCUCACAGAUAAGAAGAGAAAAGGACAGUAUUCAAAAUCUCCUGAAAACUAAGGAACAGGAGGUAAAUGAACUUCAUCAAAAGUGCCAGCAAGCUCAAGAAGAACUUACAGAAAUGAGAAGAUAUUCUGAGAGCUCUUCAAAAUUAGAAGAGGACAAAGAUAAGAAGAUAAAUGAGAUGUCCAAAGAAGUCAUCAAAUUAAAGGAAGCUUUGAACAGCCUUUCUCAGCUUUCCUACUCUACCAGUGCAUCCAAGAGGCAAAGUCAGCAGCUGGAGGCUCUACAGCAGCAAGUGAAGCAGUUACAGAAUCAACUGACGGAAUCCAAGAAACAACAUCAGGAGAUUGUCUCAGUUUACAGAAUGCAUCUUCUGUAUGCUGUACAGGGCCAGAUGGAUGAAGAUGUCCAAAAAGUACUGAAGCAAAUUCUCACCAUGUGUAAAAACCAGUCACAAAAGAAGUGAGAUAGAUUCUCUGGGACUCAGCGCCAACCCCUCAUAUUUGCCAUAUUUGCCUUAAAACAGGAGUUAGGGUUGGCAGCCACUGCCAUUUUUCUAGUUUGUUGUAUGCACUGUGAGUUCACAUAGCUGCCCUCUCAGCUUCUUCCUUACACAAGGACUUCUGAAGAUUGUCCCCAAGAGAAGACCUUCCAUUCUUCAGAAUUGUUUGUUGACUUUUAAGACCUAAAGUUACCAGCCUUGUGAUGAGCUGAAACUGUUAAUUCCAGAUCUUGGUGGUGGCUAAUGCCACACUUGGUUUGGAUCUGUGAGGCUAAGGGACUUGACUGAAGUGGUCUGUUGGACGGUGAGACCUGCAAAUUUCCCACAGAAUUUUUUGCUGGUCAGUUCUAGUUGUUGCAAAUAAUGUGGUGAAUGCUGUUGGAAUUCCUUUUUCCCAUGGCUGCCCAUCCACACCAACUUUUAGUUAGAAGCACCCAAGAUUUCAGGCUGGAAUUAACCCUUAACAUGAUUUAAUUUCUAAUCAAAUUAACCCUAGGAUUGGUUACAAGGUACAAUACAAAACCCCUCAUCAUGUCUUCUGGAUGGAGUGCAUACCCAAUUCCCAAUCUGCCUUUCAUUCUUAGAACUAUGCUAUUUAAACCAGCAAUUGGAUGAAUAGGAUUAACUAAAAUAUAUAGGUUAAAAACAUGAAUGAGUUGACUUUAAGAUUUCAAAAAAACAAAACAAAAAAAAAAUCCUUUAAACAACACAUUGCAAACAACCUAUGCAAGCUUGUCUACUGCUGUUGUCCAUGAAGCUCAGGAAAUCCAAGUACAUGCUUUUCAACAAGGGAUUACAGUAAACAAUGCGUUUACAACCAAAAGAAAUUCUUCAUAGUUCCUAACCUCACUUUUGUAAAGAUGGUUUUUUUUUUUUCCAUUAUAUUUUUAUUGGCUAUUACAGAUUUUUGGUACCUAAGCCAUUUAUUUCAUAAAAUUUGCAUUACACUAUGUUAACAAAAUAUUUUAGAUAACUAUGCUUUAGACUUAAAAUGUCUUUGGGUAAAAGUUUUCAGCUGUAGCAAUAUGUACUAGAAGUAUCUCAGCUCAUCACAAAACACCAGCAGAUAGUAGGAGGUUUGGUCAUGUGUCUGUGUGCUCUUGUAGCUAUCAAGCAUUCCUGGUGAACAGGGCCUUGUUCUUUUGGCUGACUGUCAGGAUAUCAUAACUGUGCUUACUUUUCCAGACAUUGGGAGCAUGACUAAUGCCCAGUCAUUAAAAAUUGGUAAAAUCAUAGUGCAUAGCAAAGAUGUAGGGAAGAAAUACUUUCCUAUUCCCAUGCCAUACUUAGAAUUUAAAACUUGCUUGUAACUUCACUUAGGGCUUUAUUCUUAAUGGGGUAUACAAAUAUAAAUAAAAAUCAGUCUCUUAAGAUGUUCCCAGAAACCUGUGUCUGCUUUGACUGAGUAGAAAGUAGCUCAAGGCUUAUCGGACUCUGCUGUCUAGAGUAUAUGCUCUCUAAACAAUGGUAAAGCAAAAUGGCUUUAAAACUUCCCAUCAAAUAAUAGGUCUUGGUGUUAAGUUGUUUAAUGAUAAUUUGAUAAUUUUGAAAAGGCCCCAAAGAAAUGUGAAAGGACUUUUUUUUUUUUUUGGGGGGGGGGUUAGGGGGGAGGGUUAGCACUUAAGAAAACACCACACACACACACACACACAGAGAAAAAUUCAGCACACAAAUGCUGCAGAAUCUAAAACUUGAGACAUUUUAUAGGUUUCCUGACAAUUUUAGUCUUUUAACUUUGUUUCAUUAUGCGUAUUUAUUACAAGUAUUCUGGUUAAAUAUUGAAAAGUUAUACACUAUAGUCUAGCAUUUUUGUCUUUGUAAUUUACAGGAGUUUAUGGAGAAAAUAAACUUUGGUUCCAUUGUUUUCA